AAAAAAAAAUAAAAAAAACUAGAAGGAAAGCAAUAAGAUGCCAGAAGAAUUGGGAAAAGGGGGCUUAAAUAACGAAAAAAGAGCAAAUGUAGUAGAAAAAAUAGAAUCUGAGAAUAAAUUGGCAAUGAGUAUUCUUCGAAAAAAAAAAAAGCAGAAUAGUCUUAUUGUCGAUGAUGCAGUAAACGAUGACAAUAGCGUGAUUAGUCUAAGCAAUAAUACAAUGGAGAUAUUGCAGCUUUUCCGCGGAGACACUGUUUUAGUCAAGGGAAAAAAGAGGAGAGAUACUGUAUUAAUAGUUCUUGUUGAUGAUGAUAUGGAAGAAGGUGUCGCGCGAAUUAAUAGGGUUGUUCGUAAUAACCUUCGAGUUCGUCUUGGGGACAUUAUCACAAUUUAUCCUUGUCCCGAUAUCAAAUAUGCUUCAAGGAUAUCAGUUCUACCUUUGGCAGAUACAGUUGAAGGUCUUACUGGAUCUCUUUUUGAAGUUUAUCUUAAACCAUAUUUUGUUGAGGCUUACAGACCUGUACGCAAAGGCGAUCUUUUUACAGUACGUGGUGGGAUGCGUCAAGUGGAAUUCAAAGUUAUUGAGAUCGAUCCCUCUGAAUAUGGUAUUGUCGCACAAGAUACAAUUAUACAUUGCGAGGGAGAACCUAUUAAUAGAGAGGAAGAAGAAAGCAAUCUUGCUGAUGUAGGAUAUGAUGAUAUUGGAGGAUGCAGAAAAAAAAUGGCACAAAUUCGCGAAUUGGUUGAAUUACCUCUUCGUCAUCCACAACUCUUUAAAAGUAUCGGUAUUAAGCCUCCUAAAGGAAUUCUUCUAUACGGUCCUCCUGGGACAGGAAAAACACUUAUGGCUAGAGCUGUUGCUAAUGAAACAGGGGCCUUUUUUUUUCUUAUUAAUGGUCCUGAAAUAAUGAGUAAAAUGGCUGGCGAAUCAGAAAGCAAUCUUCGAAAAGCAUUUGAAGAAGCAGAAAAAAAUUCGCCCUCUAUUAUUUUCAUUGAUGAAAUUGACUCUAUAGCACCUAAACGUGAAAAAACAAACGGAGAAGUUGAACGUAGAGUCGUUUCACAACUACUUACUUUAAUGGACGGAAUGAAAGCACGUUCAAAUGUAAUCGUAAUGGCAGCUACUAAUCGUCCAAAUUCUAUUGAUCCAGCUCUUCGCAGAUAUGGUAGAUUUGAUAGAGAAAUUGAUAUUUCUAUUCCUGAUCCUACAGGAAGACUUGAGAUUCUUCAAAUCCAUACCAAAAAUAUGAAGUUAGGAGAUGACGUUGAUCUUGAACAAAUUGCAUCAGAAACUCAUGGUUAUGUUGGAAGUGAUAUCGCAUCUUUAUGUUCUGAAGCAGCUAUGCAGCAAAUUAGAGAAAAAAUGGAUCUUAUAGAUUUAGAAGAAGAUACUAUUGACGCAGAAGUUCUUGAUUCUUUGGGGGUUACUAUGGAGAAUUUCAGAUUUGCAUUAGGUGUUUCAAACCCAUCAGCUUUGCGUGAGACAAUUAUUGAAGUACCUAAUGUUCGAUGGGAAGAUAUUGGAGGGUUGGAGGAUGUUAAAGCGGAACUUAAAGAGACAAUUCAAUAUCCUGUAGAACAUCCUGAAAAAUUCAUCAAAUUUGGUAUGUCACCAAGCAAGGGAAUAUUAUUCUACGGCCCUCCAGGAACAGGGAAAACUUUACUAGCCAAAGCUAUUGCAAAUGAAUGUGCAGCAAAUUUCAUCUCUGUAAAAGGACCAGAAUUGCUUUCUAUGUGGUUUGGUGAAAGUGAAUCUAAUAUUCGAGACAUUUUUGACAAAGCACGUGCUGCUUCUCCUUGCGUUAUAUUUUUGGACGAGCUUGAUUCUAUAGCAAGAUCUAGAGGAGGUAGUAUUGGUGAUUCUGGAGGAGCUUCCGACCGCGUGGUAAACCAGCUUCUUACUGAAAUGGAUGGGAUGACGUCAAAGAAAAAUGUAUUUGUUAUUGGUGCUACUAAUCGUCCUGAUCAAAUUGAUCCUGCUCUUAUGCGUCCUGGCCGUUUAGACCAGCUAAUUUACGUUCCACUUCCUGAUAUGGCUUCAAGAUUAAGUAUUCUCAAAGCUCAACUUCGUAAUAGUCCUGUUGCUUCAAAUGUUGAUCUUUCUGCAAUUGCAAAAGCAACCCAUGGAUUCUCAGGAGCAGACUUGGCCGGAUUAACUAUGAGAGCUGCAAAAUUAGCAAUUAAAGAAUCUAUAUCCUAUGAAAUUAAAAGAGAAGAAUCUCAGAAAGAAAAAAAAGAUGAAAUAGAAGAUAUAGAGAUGGAUGACCCAGUUCCUGAAAUUACCAGAGCCCACUUUGAAGAAUCAAUGAAAUAUUCACGAAGAUCAGUGCUAGAUUCUGAUCUCAGAAGAUAUGAAAUGUUUGCAAACCAAUUUAAUCAAAACCGAGGUUUUAGCACAUUUAAAUUUGAAGAUUCCGUAAAUAAUAGUAGAGCCGAAAAUUCAUCAGGAGCUAUAUUUGGCGAAGAAACAGGGGAUGAUCUAUACUUAUAG